AGAAGUCAAAAGAGAGAGAGAGAGAGAGAGAGAGAGAGAGAGAGAGAGAGAGAACCAGGAUAAAAUUAGAUGAUAAAAAGAAGAACAGGAACAAGAACAAGGGAGUGAAGCUGAAUUUAUUGAAAAUAUGGAAUCUGCACAUGACAUUGAAUACAUUUGCAAGUAAAUUUAAGUCAAGUCAUGUGUGAUUAAUAAUUUCUCAAUCAGAUGUAAGAAGUUCAAAUUUGAAUUGUCAGAUUGUCUUCAAGAUGGACAGCCAGAACCAAUAUCAUGUAUCUCGGCCCAUCUACUCCACACGUGCCUUUGAACAUGUAAAUGAAAGACAAGUCAGAGAGACGAAGAGCCUCAAAGAAAAGCUCAGAAAUUCCUGCAGCUGCUCAGGUAAACGGAUCUUGCGGCUGGUUAAGAAGUUUUUCCCAAUCGUUGAGUGGCUCCCAGCAUAUGAACUCAGGCUAUGGCUUUCUGGUGAAAUUAUAUCAGGAAUCACUAUGGGAAUGGUGUGUGCUCUGCAAGGACUGGCCUACUCACUGCUGGUUAAUGUUGGUCCUGUGUAUGGACUUUUUGCUGCUUUCUUCCCAAUUCUCCCCUACUUCAUUUUGGGCACAUCUAGACACCUAUCUGUAGGCCCAUUUCCAGUCACCUGCCUGAUGAUGGGAUCAGUGGUGUUGAAUCUUGCUCCUGAUGCGAUGUUCAUGAGACCAGGGAAUGGGACAGGUAUGAAUGGGACAGCAGCAAUGGUGAUGAAUGUUGCAGAAAGAGAUGCAAUGAGAGUAGCAAUAUCCAUCUCUAUGACUGUGCUGAUUGGACUGUUUCAGCUGGGCAUGGGUGUGGCCCAGGUGGGUUUCUUGGUGCGUUAUCUAUCUGACCCACUGGUGGGAGGCUUCACCACAGCAGCAGCUGUGACUGUAGUAGUCUCUCAGCUAAAACUGAUUUUUAAUGUUCCCACUGAAAACUACAAUAGUGUCCUGGCGAUUUUUUAUACUCUUGGGGACGUAUUUAAAAACAUUAAGAAAUCCAACAUGGUUGACUUCAUUGCUGGAAUACUGACCAUCAUUGUGGUAAUGCUUGGAAAAGAGUUCAACAUCAGAUUUCAGAAACAGCUUCCAGCGCCUCUCCCCUUUGAAAUGAUAGUGACAGUUAUUGAUGCAGGAGUUUCUUAUGCACUGGACCUUAGCACCAAUUACGGUGCUGGCAUUGUUAAAUAUAUCCCAAGAGGAUUUAUUCCCCCUCAGCCUCCAGAUGUAUCACUCUUUAGCAGUAUUGUGAGCCCAAGCUUUUCCACAGCAGUGGUGUCUUAUGCCAUAGCAAUAUCAGUGGCUAAAGUCUAUGCAGCAAAACAUGACUUGGUAGUUGAUGGAAAUCAGGAAUUGAUAGCCUUUGGAUUCAGCAACAUUGUCUGUGGCUGUUUUGGUGGCUUUGUGGCCACCACUGCACUUUCACGUACAGCGAUACAGGAGAGUACAGGAGGCAAAACUCAGGUAGCAUCGAUAAUUUCCGCUCUGUUGGUGCUGAUAGUGAUCGUGGCUCUUGGGCCUCUACUUCAGCCUCUGCAGAAGUCAGUGCUGGGGGGCAUUGUUGUUGCCAACCUGAAAGGUAUGUUUAUGCAGCUGUAUGAUGUGCCCAUACUAUGGAGGAAGAACAGGACCGAUUGUCUUAUUUGGGUGUUUACAUUCAUUGCCUGCAUCCUGCUUGGACUAGAUAUCGGUUUGCUGGCUGGUGUAGUGUUUGAGCUUGGCACUGUGGUUAUCAGGACACAAUUCCCAACUUGUUCAACACUUGGAAAUAUACCCAACACAGACAUCUACAAGAAUAUGAAAGACUAUAAAAAUAUUGUCGCAUGUCCUGGAACAAAGAUUUUCAAGUGCAAUGCACCAAUAUAUUUCGCCAACAUCGAUUAUCUGAAAGAUCAGAUAAAGCAUAUAGUGGGAUUUGAUGCAGUGCAAGUAUUUAAGAAAAGGAAUAAAGCAUUAAAGAAGAUUCGGAGUCUAAUCAAGAAGGGGAAGCUUAAAGUCACAGAGAAUGGCUUGGUGCCAUUGGAAGAACAGGGUGUGAUCAAUGAGGGGUUUGAGAAUGAGCGGGACCCUGAGCAGGUGGAAGGUGAACCACAGCAGGAAGUGAAAGAUGGACCUCGAUCAGAUGUGGAUGUGGAGGUGCAAGUGGACUGGAGAGCUGAACUGCCUUUCGACAUCACAGUCCCCAAAGUCAACAUCCACAGCUUGGUGAUGGACUUCUGUGCUGUCUCCUUCCUAGAUGUGAUGUCAGUAAAGUCCCUCAGACUGAUCAUAAAGGAAUUCCUACGCAUUGGAGUCAAUGUAUAUAUUGCUGGCUGUGAUGAUGAGAUUAUCAUGAAGAUGGAGUCCAUAGGCUUCUUUGAUGAGAUGGUACACAGAGGCAUGCUCUUCCUCUCUGUGCAUGAUGCAGUUCUCUACAUCAAGAUGGAAACUGAUAGUGAUGUAGAAGACCCGAUGAUAGAGAAGAUAGCACAGCUACAGCAUGACAAAGAAUCUUUCACUGAUGAUGAAGACUUGAUUGAGACCUAUGACAAUCAGCGCAUGGCUAUCCAUGGUCUCUCAGGCUGAGCCUGAACUGAUGCUUUCUUUGGACCUAGAAAAAAGCCAACAAGGUCUUCCAACCAAAAGAACACAGGACACAGAUUAAGAUGACACACUUAAAUGUGCUUAAUUAUCAUCCGCGAACUAGAGUGAAACUAAUUUUUUAAAAAUGUGGAUAUAAAUGAUACAUUGUACAUAUCCUGGGAGUUUAAAGGGGGCAGAAGUGUUAAUGAGGCUUAAUGUGACAAUUUGCUUAGGCAAUUUCUUAUUAUUUUGCUAUUUCUGUAAGCACUCGCUCAGGACAUAAGCUGAUAUAUACUGAAAUUUCAGGUGUACCUGAGACUGUUAAUCAUGCAGUUGUUACUGUUUAAUAUUUGAGAAAAUUUAAGGAAAUUGUGCUAGCAUAAUACAAUGACACACUGCAUCAAAGACUUUGAGGAAUUUACAGCACUUUCACACUUUUACUCCUAGUCUCUGUGGGAAUCCCUUUCUUUACUUUAUACCAUUAUACCGUCAAACCAUACCAUGUAACAUUCAUAAAAUGCACAACUCUUCCCCCUAUAAUGUUUUUUUCUUUUUUUUUUCUUUUCUUUUUUUUUAAUAACUUCCAAGCAUGUCAUACCAUUAUACACAUUAAUAUAUUCAAUAAUUUCCCUGUUUGAAAAGUAGUACUUUUAGCACUCCAUAGACUUUCACUCUGCCAUACCUGGUUUAGUUUUUAACUGCAGACAAGCAGGAUAUAAUUUCAGGUAAUAUAUAAUAUUUAAGCUAAUUUCUGCAUCUAGUACACUUCUCAGGUAUUUAUCUUUAUGACUUAAUAUUUCCUCACUCAUUUUACUAUUAUAACAUUCUUUUUUUGUGCUGCACUGUCCUGUAAAUUUACAAGAAAAUAGAAAAAACUGACAGAACUAAAGCAUUUAUUUUACAGCUGU